GCCACCACGUCGCCCGGGAACCGUCGAUUAAAAAAGAAGGGCAAACACUGAGUUGACUUAAGUGUGGAGAAGUCGCAGACUCAUACUCACAGGGUAAAGAUGCAGACACCAGCAGAGUCAAUCAUCCACAGUGGCUAUUUCCACCCGACGCUCCGAUUCUGGCAGACCUGUGCUGCAGAUUUAAGACCCGACAAUCUCAUCUACCCAAUCUUCAUCACAGAUAGUGCGGAUGCAGUAGAGCCCAUCAACAGUCUGCCAGGACAGGCCAGAUAUGGGGUGAACAAGCUGGAGGGAAUGCUGCGGCCGCUUGUGGAGAACGGCUUGAAGUGUGUGCUGAUUUUUGGUGUUCCAGCAAAGAUAACAAAGGAUGACAGGGGUUCAGGUGCCGACACAGACGAUACGCCGGCCGUACUGGCAGUGAAGAAGAUCAGAGCUUUGUUCCCAGAGCUGCUUGUGGCGUGUGAUGUCUGCCUGUGUCCCUACACGUCACAUGGACACUGUGGUAUCCUGAAUGAUGAUGGUACUCUGAACGGUGAUGCCAGCUGCCUGCGCUUGGCAGAAGUGGCGUUGGCCUACGCCCGGGCUGGCUGUCACAUCAUCGCCCCCUCUGAUAUGAUGGAUGGAAGAAUCAGAGCUAUAAAACAAGCACUGAUAUCCAAUGGUUUGGGAAAUAAGGUUUCAGUUCUGAGCUACAGUGCAAAGUUUGCCUCCUGUUAUUAUGGUCCUUUCCGAGAUGCUGCACAGUCCAAACCUGCGUUUGGGGACAGACGCUGCUAUCAGCUGCCUCCUGGAGCGAGAGGACUCGCCAUUCGAGCUGUGGAGCGAGAUGUGAGAGAAGGAGCUGAUAUGCUGAUGGUGAAACCAGGUCUGCCGUAUCUGGACGUCGUGAGGGACGUCAAGGACAAGUUCCCGUCUCACCCCUUGGCAGUGUACAACGUGUCAGGGGAGUUUGCAAUGAUGUGGCACGGAGCGCAGGCUGGAGCGUUUGACCUACGGGCUGCGGUGAUGGAGGCUAUGACCGCCUUCCGCAGAGCAGGUGCUGACAUCAUCAUCACCUACUACACACCUCAGCUGCUCACCUGGCUGAAGGAGUGAAGAACGAAGAUCUGAAGCCAAAGGAUGAAAACGGACCAACAGACAGACUUCUUUAAAACUACAAACCUGCUGUAGACUCAGCCAUGCUAACAAAACGCACUAAGGGUUAAUAAAUGUAUGAGAACAAGCUUCCACCUUGAUUUUUUCCAUUCAGUUUUGUGCUAACAAUUCAAAUAGUGUUUAUAUGGUGAUUAUUUUUUUAAAGGGAGUCCAGUGUCCAAGUGGAUACUGCUUUAAAGAAAAUAAAGGUUAGGCUAUUUUUCUUUUUCAGCUUCUGAAGCGUGACUAAUGAGCUGAACACUGGGAAUGUAAAACUUGAUCAUCUUGUCAGGGUUGUCAAGCAGGAAAUGUCUUUUAUGUGUCAUUGGGAUCAGCAUUAAACAAACUCAAUCAUCUCUCUUAACUCAUGUGAUUAUGGAAUGUAUAUGUGUGUGAAUGUGGACCAUGCAAAUGUCUGAUAUAUAUAUAUGUGACUGCUGCCUCAGCCAAAGCACUGUCAUCCCCCCAAAAAAGCUCUUAUCCACUGAAGGAAAUAAAAUCGUUCAUUCAGAA